AAAAUGAAGUAGAAGUGUGUACAACUCGGUAGUUGAAGACUUGAGAGCCGUUUCUACACACACCCAGUCUUGUUUUUCAAGCGGCGACCACAACCCACCCCCUCAAUCCUUCGUUCCGUUCGAGAUUCAUCAUAUUCGCCUCUUCUCGAAUUCCGGUUGCUGGGAUGAAGAAUAGGGGACGUAAAAAGUGUUUAUCUAUGCUGGCAUUUGUUCCAAUCUGAUGGAUUUUGUCUGUCUUUGGUCAAAGGGUUAGCAGUCUACAUUUGCGAUUAUGUCAUUAUCAGUACUAUAUAGAAGUUGGUGUUUGAGAUAACAUGAGAACAAUGGCAGCAGGGACAACCUCGCAGCUCUCAUGCUUCUCUGCAAUGAAUCGCCACCUCCAUAUGUCAAGACAUCCCUCAAUUCUUUGCACAAGCACUCUUCACCCAAAGUCUUUGUCAAGUCUUGCUAUGAACCUUGCAAGCAGUUCAAAGACAAGGAUUUGUGCUAGUUACACAGGGGAUGCAUCCCCUGCAAAUUCGGAUCCCAUUUUAGAUGAUGAACAAGUUGGACCACCGAAACGAGCAGCCAAGAUUCAUGAUUUCUGUUUCGGGAUUCCAUUUGGUGGGAUGGUUCUGAGUGGUGGACUUCUUGGUUUUGUUUUCUCCAGAAAUCCUGCCACACUGGGCACCGGCAUCAUGUUUGGAGGGGCACUUCUAGCCCUUAGCAUCUUUAGCUUAAAGAUCUGGAGGCAAGGAAAAUCUAGUUUACCCUUCAUUGUCGGACAAGCCGCUCUGGCCGUGGUCCUUCUAUGGAAAAACCUUCAGACCUACGCAGUGACAAAGAAAGUAUUUCCAACAGGCUUUUACGCUGCUGUUAGUGCUGCAAUGAUCUGCUUCUAUUCAUAUGUCCUUCUCUCUGGAGGAAACCCACCACCAAAGAAUCUUAAGACAUCAGCGACUGUCGCAUCAUGAUUAGAUAUGAUUGUAUGAUUAGUUAUAAACUAUACAGGUUUGUUUGGAGGACUAGUUGUACUGAGUUAUACGAACUGCAGAGGUGUUUGUUGAUGAAUAAAAUGUCAGUAUUAACUUGAUGGUGAGGCUUCAAAAGGCAUUUGAAUAUGAAUUUGAUUCGUGUUUUUGGCAUUA